CACAGAAAUCCAUUGCAAGCCAGCUGGUACCGCUGGAUAAGUGCAAUGCAUCCAUGGAUUGGAACGAACUAGCAAGGUUGGCAUUGUCUGCUAGAUUUACCUCAUCAGUGGCAUGCACUCUAGACUCUAGCGACGGGGAGCAUCUCCAAGAGUUUGACAUCUCAACUUGUCAUACUUCUUUUUUUGGCAAAUGGAAAAAAAUAGCCUCCAAUAAUUUGGCAACCAACUUGGUAUUUUUGGGAACUUGGCAAAUUCUUGGUGUUGGACGCGCAUAUGCGCGCGGAAACAAUUGGCGUCGCUCUCUCCAACCUCUCAGCAACUCUCGGCGCAGGCUUCUUCUCCCACGUGAAACAGUCGGUCUUCUUCUCCCGUGGAAACAGGCGAUCUUCUUUUCCCGCGCCCGCCAUCUGGACGCCGCGACGAAUCAUCCUCGAUGCCGUCGUGCUCUCUGUUUAGGGUUCAGGGUUCAGGGACCAGGAUUGGACGAGAUUUGGGCGAUUUAUUUAUUUACCAAACAUGAUUGGAUUUGAAUUCCGAACUGAAGUUUUGCAAUCAACAUGUCGGGACUGAAACUUGUCCCUAUCCAGCUUGUUUGGGCGAGAUGAACUUGUUCCUGUCCAGCUGCUCGGAUUGGUACUGCUGCUGCUCGUGUGAUUGUUCUUGGGCUCUAGGCAGGACUUGGAUUUGGAUCUCUGGCUCGGCUGUGCCUGUGCCAGGCAUUUGAGGCCGCUAGCGUUAGGAUUUAUGUCCCGGAUGCUGAAUUUCAGAACCAUUUUCAGCCAUGAACCGGACUCGGACAUGGUUCUGAACCAUGACCUGAUGGUGCUGUUCGCAUUGAUUGACAGUGGGAUGCACUUGAGAUGAUGCUGCCCCAAUCUUGCUACAGAUUCAAUUGGAUCCCCAAUUUUUUUGGGGUUUUUUUUCUCAUUUUGCCAAGUCUAAAAUAGCAAACUAUUAGAGAUGUGCUUUGUUUUUACUUGGCAUAUAGUUUUGGGAGUUGGCAAAUCACAAGAUUUACUAAGUUGAAUUUGGCAAACUCUUGAAGAUGCUCACUCGUUACGAAAUUAGCUCCCAUCCGAUGGCCAACAAAUUAUUGGCGCAUCUAGACAUACGAAAAUAGCCCGGCCAACUAGAUUUAAGCAAAAAAGGAAAAAAAUCAAAAACACGCAUUUUAAAACUGUAAAAUGUUCGACGGCAAUACUAUAAAUUGUAACAAACAUGAUUUCCAUCAACCCAAGAUAACUUUGUCCUUACAACCAUAAGUUGCGGCCAAAUAAUGGAACCUGCGCGCAGUGAAAGUAAGGUUAGAUGGCUUUAAAGGAAAUCUCAUGGCAUGGCAACAAUAAGAUAGAAACCGUCACAUCACAUCCUAAACGUGCAUUCAUUGUGGCAAAGUAGAAGAACAUCUAACACGUGGAAAAGAGGAUAUCAUUUUCUUUGAGGGAAUAACUCAACCAAAGAAUUCCGGGAAUAACUUAACCAAUGAAAGUGUGUGCUCUUUUCGCAUGUCUGCCUCUCUCUCUAGUUUCUCUCUCUAGAGAGAGACCGCUCGCCCACCCCCGCCAGUGACCACUCCGGUCCCAGCGGCCACCACCCCCACCGCCUUCCCACCUGCUCGCCCGCGGUGAUGGGCGAACCCCCGCACCCGCCGCAUCGGGAGGAUGCUCCACCUCCUGCUGAGGGGAGCCCGGCUGCAUCCAACCAAUCCGGUGGCAGAUCCAGUUCGCUCAAUCCCACCGCCCCACCCUUCACCCCUUCCUCCGGGGCUGGGACUUCAAGGUCGCCCGAGGGGAUAUGCUUCAGCAUCCCAUCAUGCGAUUCCGAGGAUAAGGAGUCCGUGCUCUGGUCGACUCCUCGUGUCUCCGGAAAGGGGAAGGAACCUAUGGUCGCUGGUGUGGCUGCCCUGUCGUCUAGGCGGUCGGCACCCUCUAUGCACGGCUUCAUGGCUGACGCUCGCCGUGCGGCUCCGCGGUAACCGACGCAAACCCGGCCUUCAUCGCGAGCUCUCAUUGCGCAGGCCGUGAACUCCAGGCCACCGACGCAGGCAUCUCCCGCUGCGGGGGCGUGGCUUGCGACCUCGACGCGGGUCACUCUUGGUGUUGGCCGUCCCGUUGCCCACUCCCCCUAAUCGACGACGAUGGAUUCCAGCUGGUCACCUCCAAGCGUCGUGCUCGGGUGGGUAGGGUCGCCACCGCCAGCCGCCCGACCCCCGCCCACAGGCCGGUCCCCGCGGACCUCGUUGGUCGCUGUUUCAACUGCCUCUCCUACGACCACGUUGCCGCACGGUGCCCUAACUCCUUGCGCUGUCUGCGCUGCGAGGCGACUGGCUACUCCGCCAAGAACUGCAAGAGGUUGCGGCGAGGGCCGCCUCUUGCUCGUGGUUGCGGUCGGCCCGUUCGCCGCCCCAGCCGGGUUGUGGACGCGGCUUUGGCUCGGCAGCAUCUUCAGGCCACCGUUCGGCUGCGUCUGCCUCAACGGCCUCACUGGCGUCUGGUUCAACUGGUCAUACAUACUCUGGCCCUCCUUCGAUCUGUGCGGCCUCCCCAAGGUCAGAGCCACGCCGUUCGGAGAUCCACUUUCCGGCAGAAGCUGCUCCUCCUUCUCCGGCCACAGUCGCGGAGCUCGACUUGCCUACCACCCCACCUGCCGGACAUCCAUCUAGGCGGCCGGCGAUGAGGAUGUGCGUGCUCCCCCGUUCUGCUGAGCUCCAGGCCAUUGAGGAUUCGUUAGCAGAGCGCGCUUUGGUCGCUUUGGUGGUCGGCACGCGCCCUGAUUGUUCUGUUCGACAGGCUAGACGCUUCAUCAUCGACAACUACAACAUCUCCGGGAAUGACUUCUCCAUUCACCAUUAUCAACCUGAAGAUUUCCUGCUUAUCUUUCAUGACAACGCAAUUCGUGAGUCGAUCUUGCAUGCUUCCCCACCCCCUUCAGGAACUGGUCUGAAUCUCCGGUUCAAGAGAUGGCAACGCUUCUCUACCGCUGAGGCUGACUUCAUGUACUUCCGGGUGCUGGUCGAGUUGCGCGGUCUUCCUUCCCAUGCAUGGUCUGCAGCUGCGGCAUGGGAGGUACUAGGUGACUUUUGUGCUUGCCCGGAGCCCACGCCGGCAACGAGGGCUAGCCCUGACCUCCGGUGGUUCCAUGCUGUUACGUGGUGUGCUGACCCAAACCUCAUCCCUAACGUUGCAUUCUUGCACAUUCCGGAGAGGCGUGAUCCCAAUGCCGGCACUGAAUUAUUCCUGCGUCCAGAUGAAAUCAUCUACCAUCAGCUGCCUUUGUUGAAAUACAGGAUCGAGAUUGAAAUCUUGGAGAUUCAGGACUGGAAUCUCAACUCUGAUGACUCCGAUAACCCGUAUUGGCCGGACCGCCUCAGCACUGACUCUGACUCUGACUCUGAUGUGGAUGAUUAUCGUGGGUUCCGUGAUUGCUCUAGGUCCUCACCUUGGCCCAGAAAGACAGUGUUUCGUCAACUCGAUGGGGGAUGUGAUGCUGGGUCAUCGACUGACGGGAGAAAUUCCAGCGAUUCCGGUGAGCCGGUUGAUUGUGGUCGACCAAUCGGUGUUCCGAGGAAUUCUGUGUUCGGUCUCCUGGGAUGCAAGGUAUUGACGCACACUAACGACCAUUUCCAGGCAUCAACUUGAUCAGAAAAUCAUAA